AUGACAACAUCAAAUCAUCGUCACUCAAAUAAUAGCAAAGAAUCAAGCAAUGGUCAUCAUUUUCAUGAUGAUAAUAAUCAAAUUAACGAUGUCGAAGUUGACUCUGAACUACUAGAAUUGGAAACUACUCUAAAUGAUAUUGAAAAAGCAAUGGAUAAAAUUGAAUCACAAAACUCAAGUAUUCAAACAAAAUUACGUGAUUUACUUGAAUCCAACAAACAAAUGGCGAAAGAAUUUACGGAUAUAAGACGCGGCAUGACUAGUAAAUUUAAAGAAGCAACUCAACGACUAGAAGAAACACCAGGCAUAGCACAUGAUUUAGCUGCUGUUACAUCCAACACAUUAUCAAAGAUCGAACAAGAUAUGUCAUCAGCAAAUGAUGCAAACGACUACGAAUAA